AUGCCUUUGACACGCGCCGAGAUCAUUGCAUUCCUCCUCGACAAUGGGGUCGACGCCUCUGAUAUCCGAGUGGCUGAGGGCCGUGGUUUCGACGCUCUCGACGACCUUGCAGCAGGCGUCGGUUGCAUGUUGGAGGAUGAGGCGGCAGUGCGGGGCGUCCUGAAGCGCGCGAGGGUGCAGGCUGCGGCCAGAGAGAGAGAGAACAUGCAACGGCGCCGAUCUGAAAUGGAUGCACAGCUGCGGCCGCUCUCGGCCUCCGAGCGUCGCAGGUUCCGCGAUGCCUUUGACCGCUUCGAUGCCGACGGCUCUGGCGCACUGACCCAGCGCGAGUUUGGACGAGCGAUGAAGGAGUCGGGCAUGUUUCCUUACAGGUACGAGCUCGAUGAGCUCUUCUCUGAGUGCGACAAGGACCGCUCCGGCACCAUCGAAUUUGACGAGUACUGCCGGCUGGUGCAACUCUACCGCACAAAGCAGUCGUGCCUCGAGCGCUUCUGUGAACGCGCCAUCGACCUCUUUCCCUGCAAGCCCGCCACCCAAGGGUCGAAGCGACGGAGACAUCGUGCUGAAGCAGCAGCGGCAGAGCGAGGGGUAGCGAUGCAGGCGAAGCCUGCCGGGGAGGCGGAGGGUGACGGUGAGGAUGGCAGUGCCGCGCAAAAACCGCACGUUGUGAAGUAUCAUCACGCAAGCGAGCCCUCGAAGGAGUCUGCGGUGACGCUGCUGCAGCGGUGCGUCCGCGGCCGCUCGGCAAAGCUGGAGCUGGCGGUGCGGCUUGCACUGCGGCGCGCCGAUCCAGGGUCGGUCGCGGCGGCGCGAGCGAGCCGCGGCCUCGACGCAUGGGCCGCUGUGGUGCAUCAGCUGCUCGGGCCUGCUGCGUGGGUGCGCGCGUUGCACAAUGCCCCGGACCGCUGGGAGGAGUCGGACAUGAUGGCUGCCAUGGACUCGGUGCUGACUGAUCCAGCAAAUUCCGCCCUCGUCUGGCUGCUUGCAAGGCCAACCGCGUGUGAGCGGGCAGUCCUCUCGCUGGGCGGCCCCGCACAAGCUGCGCAGGACCCCGCCAAGGCUGCGCGAGCUGCAGCAGCGGCAGUGCUUACUGCGGCGAGAGAGGAACAGGGAGCGUCGCAGCAGCAAUGCCGACCCCAUGCAGAAACGUCGGCGGCGGCGGCGGCGCUGCAAGCACCACAUCGAAGGCGAACGGGGCGAGGCACACUGGCGCGGUCGCAACGGGCGGACCGAGGCGGAUAG